AUGUGCACGCCAUGCCAGAAGACAUGGCCAAAGCUUGAAGGAUGCGAGCCGAAGGGUGAAGACUUCGGUGAAAUACUUGAUGAAAAGUUAAUACUGCAAACCUUGUUGACUUCGCCGACUUCACCUGGACUGCAUUUGUACGCCGGGCAUUGUGCCGUGCACUAUGCCGUAUAUGCUUGCCAAUAUGUCUUGCGAUGGCUUCUUACAUUCAUGUUCCGCGUGCCUUUGCAAGGCAUACGCCUCAGCACCUUCUUUGCAAGACUGGCUCUGUACAUCAUCUUCCUCUUGCCAGCCAUGAUAUGUGGACUUGCUUAUUGGGCCUUUGCGGGAAAGGACAUUUUGAGCAUGAAGUACAAGGACAAGGGUACUUUUCGCCACACCGUUGACAUCUACUUGCCGAACUCGACUGCAAAAGCAAGACUGGCUGGCAAAGACCCUGAAUCACCAACACCUGUCUUGAUAUUAGUUGCAGGUGGUGCGUUCAUCCUUGGCCACAAGGGCUACGUUACGAUGCUUUGUCGUGCGUUGAGACUGGCUGGAAUCCUUUGCAUUGCAGUUGACUAUAGAUAUUGGCCGCAAACCUCCAUUGACGGCAUGAUUGAUGAUGUGGACAGUGCGGUUCAGUGGUGCUUUGACAAUGCUAGUAGAUAUGGAGGGGAUCCGAAGCGCAUAUCGCUUCUGGGUCUCUCCUCUGGUGCACACGUGGCUGGUUUGCUAUUGACACGCCGAGCCAAGCCAGGCCACGGGAGUGCCAGAAAAGCAUCAAAGUCCACACCGUGCACACCAACUUGGUCACCAUCAGAUUUGGUGGGUUUCAUUGGCUUGGGUGGCAUCUAUGAGUUGCAUAGUCGCUUCAUGGCUCAUUUGCAUCAAAAAGGCAUUGACGUCUUUUUGCAACAGCUUGUCUUGGGCGAUACACAAGCACUUCGAGAAAGCCGUUCGCCAAGCAUACUCCUUCGCAGAGACGGAGAGAUUGGUCGACACCUACCUCCCGUUCUUUUACUUCACGGGACUGGUGACAAGAUUGUCCCACCAGAUCAGUCAGAGGGAUUUUGUCAGGAGCUUUUGAAGUCAAGAGUCAGUGUCCGUCUUCUAUUUCAUGAAGGUCAGGGCCACAACGAUCCGGUCAUACACUCACCUUUGAUGAGCAAUCAUGAGACUGUUGAAGCCAUCAUUCUAUCGAUCCAUGAGUGGACUUCAGGACAGAAACUUAAUGAUGGCAGACUUCUCCCUGACGACUCUGACAACAUGAACUCAAUUUUCCCAGAUUCUUGCAGAGCCCAACUUGCCGCGUUACCUACAUGGCCCAGAACCCCCGAACCAGUGAUCCAGAUUGCUCGCUUUCUGACUCCUUUCUAG